AUGAAGUUGACCCUGGGCCUGGGGUCGCGGGCCUGGAGAGUGUCCUGGGAGCGGGCGGCGGCGGCGGCGGCGGGCCCCGCGGUGGGCGGCGGCGCGCGGGGCAGCGGCGCACGGCGCGUCUCCAGCCCUCCGCCGGGCCGCCGCGGCUUUCGGCUCGCGCGCGCCCUCCCUCUAUGCCUCUCCCGCGGCGGCGGCGCCCGAGCUUUCCCGGACUGCGCCGGGCCCGGCCCCCGCCGCUCCGGCGCCAGGCAGCUGGCCCGCCCGCGCGCUAUGGAGCAGACGUACGGAGAAGUGAACCAGCUGGGUGGCGUGUUCGUUAAUGGCCGUCCCCUUCCCAACGCCAUCCGCUUGCGCAUCGUGGAGCUGGCGCAGCUGGGCAUCCGACCCUGUGACAUCAGUAGGCAACUCCGCGUCUCCCACGGCUGCGUGAGCAAGAUCCUGGCGCGCUACAACGAGACUGGCUCCAUCCUGCCCGGGGCCAUCGGAGGCAGCAAACCUCGAGUCACCACCCCCAACGUGGUCAAACACAUCAGGGACUACAAGCAGGGAGACCCUGGCAUCUUUGCCUGGGAGAUCCGCGACCGGCUACUGGCCGACGGAGUGUGUGACAAGUACAACGUGCCUUCAGUGAGCUCUAUCAGUCGCAUCCUUCGCAACAAGAUUGGCAGCCUGGCACAGCCCGGGCCAUACGAAGCAAGUAAGCAGCCGCCGCCGCAGCCCGCGCUGCCCUACAAUCACAUUUAUCAGUACCCCUAUCCCAGCCCCGUGUCGCCCACGGGCACCAAGAUGGGCAGCCACCCCGGAGUCCCCGGCUCAGCCAGCCAUGUCAGCAUCCCUCGUUCAUGGCCCUCCGCACAUUCGGUCAGCAACAUCUUGGGCAUCCGGACGUUUAUGGAGCAAACAGGGGCCCUGGCUGGGAGCGAAGGCGCUACGUACUCCCCCAAGAUGGAAGACUGGGCCAGCGUGAACCGCACCGCUUUCCCUGCCACUCCAGCAGUGAAUGGACUAGAGAAGCCUGCCUUGGAGGCUGACAUUAAAUACACUCAGUCCACCUCGGGCCUCACUACGGUGGGCGGCUUCCUCCCGGCCUGCGCUUACCCAGCCUCCAACCAGCACGGCGUGUACAGCGCUCCAGGCGGCGGCUACCUCUCCCCGGGACCACCCUGGCCACCGGCGCAGGGACCCCCGCUGGCGCCUCCUGGGGCUGGUGUGGCUGUGCACGGCGGGGAGCUGGCUGCAGCAAUGACCUUCAAGCAUUCCAGCCGAGAAGGGGCCGACCGGAAGCCCCCCAGCCCUGGUGGCAAGGCCUCGGAUGCUCUCGGUAGCUUGCACGGACUGCCCAUCCCGGCGUCGACCUCCUAGGAGCCGCUCUCCGUCCGGAGCCCAGCGGACGCUGGCCCGCGGCUCACUCACUCCCCGGGGCGGCCGGCGCGGGCAGCAUG